UGUCGCGUUCCGCUGCGGAGAGACUGACGCCCUCUGGACACACAGCGGACACUUGAGCGGCGGCAGAAGCAACACCAUCCCGGGGAAGUUCAAAGAGAGAACAGACCCCCUUCUCUCUGUCUACCUUAAACGGGAGAAGAAAAGAAAAGGUCUCGGGCUCGUGAGCAGGCGUCGUGGUCCUGUCCCGUGUCUCGUGUUGACGUAGGUGUUUCCAGUGCCGUGCUGGUGAGCUGUCAGGAUGAGGCCUGGUCAGCUGAUCCUCCCCACCGCCGCCGCCACCACCGCCGGCCUCCUCUUCCUCCUCUCGGGACUGUCUCUGACCUCCGGCUGCAACAAGGCCCUCUGUGCGAGCGACGUCAGCAAGUGUCUCAUCCAGGAGCUGUGCCAGUGUCGUCCGUCCGAUGGGAACUGCUCCUGCUGCAAAGAGUGCAUGCUGUGUCUGGGGAACCUUUGGGAGGAGUGCUGCGACUGCGUGGGGAUGUGUAACCCCAAGAACUACAGCGACACUCCGGCCACGUCGAAGAGCACCGUGGAGGAGCUGCACCGCCCGAUCCCCUCGCUGUUCCGCGCCCUCACGGAGGGCGACGCGCCCAUCAACAUGAUGGUGGUGACCUUCCCCAUCGCGGAGGAGCUCUCCCAUCACGAGAACCUGGUGUCCUUCCUGGAGUCGCUCGACACCCACCCUCAGAACGUCUCGUUGCCUAGCAACAGUAUCCACGCCAGCUACAACACUCAAGAAAACAUGUGCACGGUGGUCUACUUUGACGACUGCGUGUCUAUCCGUCAGUGUAAACUAUACUGUGAGUCAAUGGGAGGAUCCAAGUACCGCUGGUUUCACAACGCCUGCUGCCAGUGCAUCGGACCCGAGUGUGUGGACUACGGCAGCAAGGCGGUGAAGUGCAUGAACUGUCUCUUCUGAAAUGCGGGCACAUGGUGGUACCAAAUGUCUGGGCCAUACCAGAGGACUGAGGGCAGAGGAAACUAUGGCUGUUGUGUGUUAGCAUUCCUCAGUUACCAGUUACCAGUUGUAAAAUAUCCCCUACACCCCUCCUCCUAAUCCAGCAAAUUGUUUUUUAUUUGUUUUUAUUAGUUUUCACUGUAUAUUUUUAGAUGUUUUCAAUAGUGUUUUUUUACUGGAGGUGUAUAUGAAUAACGUAUUUUUUACAAUUAUGGUCUGCUAAAUCCCUGUCGCAUGCCAAAUAAAGAUGAGUUUGGUGA